CCAGGUAUAAACCUGAUGAAUYUAUCGUCAGCCUUACUGGUGGCCCAUUUCKUKUGGCUGAUUGGAUCAGRCCAGACAGGUUCUCACGGAGCAUGCGUMGYCAUUGCAGUAAUUCUUCAUUUUUCAUUYSUKGCSUCRUUUGCYUGGAUGACUGUUAUAGCUUUCAACACUUGGAAAGCAUUCUCGUCAACCGGAUGUGCAGGCAGAUCAUCUGAUAAGGAAUACCGAAGAAAGAAGAUAYGYCRCWCUCUWGCAGUUGGAUGGCUCCCUGUUCUCGUAUUSGUUCUYRUUUGUCUYAYCCUMGAYCAAUCAGGAGCCGUUGAAAUCAGGUACGGUGGUCCAAAGGGAUGCUGGAUCAACAAUGGUCUUGCCAACCUCUUYAUYUUYAUCCUUCCCUUGGCGGCUUCUAUAAUCUGGAACGCUGUUUUCUUUAGCCUGACUGUAAAAGCUAUUUACAAGGCAAAGAAGCAAGCAAGGAUGGUAACACAUCAGCGAGAGAACCAACGCCAUUUCGCUAUCUACAUCAAAAUCGCAGUUCUUAUGGGCUUCACGUGGAUCUUCGGCUUCUUAGCUUUAUUAAAAUCUGCGUAUUUCAAUUAUCCUUUCGUCGUAUUCAACACCCUCCAAGGUGUAUACAUCGCUGUUGCCUUCACGUUUAACUCAAGAAUAAAGAAACUUUAUCGAUUGAAGUUUUUCACUCGUUCCAACAAUCUGAGAGAGUCAGAUAGGUCUACCAAUAAAUAUACAAAGCAUUCCACAGCAACUACUCAAGUAUAAGUUAU